AUGGACAUUCUGCAUACCGUAGGUUCUUUGCCUGAGGGCGUCGGCUUGCAUGUUCCUACAGCUUUCCCUCUAGCAGAGUCAUCUGGCAACCUCCAAUCACUGGCGACUGCCUCCCGAAAUCGUCAGACCAAGCGUCAGUCACCGACAAUCGAAAGGCGAGAAGGCAUUGAAAACCAGGCACCAUGUUCGAAACAAGAAUCGCAAUUCCCCAUCCCAGAACGAACGCUAGGCUCCAAUGAUAGCAGUAAUCUUGCAAUCAAAGGAGAGCGUAUUAUCGAGCACCCAGUACCAUGCCGGCCUACAGCUUUAUAUGACCCGAAGAGGCCAUUUCUCCAUAAUCCUAAAUACCUCGAAUACAUGGGUCGCCAGAGACAAGAAUUUGGCAAAGAUGGGAAGCCAGUAUGGUCUGACGAAAUUGAGACUGCAUUUCAAGAUGCCCUGGUAGCAAUUCCAUGGAUGGGAAAAAAGAAAUAUUCUCAACGUACUACGCUGUUCGGACGUAACAUGCUUAUUGCAGAAUAUAUUCUUCAGGCAACAGGUGAAGUGAGAGAGCGCAAGCAAGUUUCGAGCCAUAUUCAAGUUCUUGAUCGCUUCCUCAAGGGUAUUCCUGAGUGGGACCUUCUGAUAAAGCCCACCAGAUUAUCCGGCGAGGUUGGCUCAAGUGACGGCCGCAAAUAUUAUCAUAAUUCUAUAGAGCACCUGGUUAAGCAACAAAAAGCUACAAGACAUCGUGGUCGAAGAUAUUUAUUACAACGUCAUAGAUUCAACUCGACUGAUCAAGAUAGUGGUUGGGAACCAGACUCCAAUGAUUCGAUGCUCGAUUCGAUGCUCGAUUUAUUCAGUCUUCAGCAUAUGAAGUUCGAAAUGUGGGUUAGCCCGCCAGGUGAUCCCGAACAUGCAAUACACAAAUAUACGAAGCUGCAGACUGCAACAGAGAGCAGAAUAUCCAUGCCACUUGAGAAUAUCAUCGACUGGAGGCUGUCGUUUCCUCACUUACAAAACAACAUGAAAGAAUGGUCUGGCCCGGCCCCUGGUGAGAUCGUGAUACUGGAUGUAAGCUUUCAACUCAUGGACAAUUUUCCACCUCCUCAUUCCAAGCUCGGCAUCGGAUUUGAGCUAGAAUUUGGCUCCGAGGACAAGGCAUUGUUGAAUAGCGCAACCCAAGAGUUAAAAUACUGCCAUUGGCACUCCGUGACUUUUGUAUAUCAGAAUGGGGAACAGAUCCGAGAGCCCAUGGCGGAGCAAUGUAUUGUUUCCAAGCAUGGACAAGUGAGACCCAUUUUCCAGUCUAGAUGGUGGGCAUCGACCUUCACAUCACUUACGGAAACCAAAAGACUUGCAGAGGAUUCUAAGGACCCAGCGGCUAUUGAAGCAGCGAACGAAAGAGUUGGUGAAUUCUUCCAGAGUUUGACCAUCAUGCAGGAGAUCUGGGCUACUCCCCCAGGCGAGACAGGGAAUCCUUUACCAAAACUAAUGGCUAUCCUUCUCUGGAAGUUCUCUGAAGCACCGGCUGGGUUUCUUGGAUCGACACUCUGGCAAAAGCUCAUUGCUCCACCUGAGCGCUUCGCCACGAACAGCCCUCUGCCACCCGAGGCUGAACUGGGCAUGCCUCCUCUUGCAAUGGAUGCACUGAUCCAAGUAGACCCUAGCAAUGCUCCCUUUAUGAGCGAAAACUUCUUUUUCGGAGACCCAGACGCAUGUAGGCCAAGUCACUUGCACCACCCACGGAUUGAGGAUGACAUCGAAAUUGAUCCAGAAGGCUUUCUUUCCUUUAAACCGCUUGAUAGGCCAGAUCUGGCUCGGGCAGAUGCUACUUUUGACAGCACGGCAGGUAUUGAAUCUACCUUCGAUCACCUUCACGACACAACCAAUCACUAUGCUUUUGGGCUCAAGGUUCCAAAUGGGCUUGGGAGACCUAGCCACGACAAAGACAGCACGUCAGCGAACAUCUUUGAAAUGCCACGCUCCGCACUGGGAAUGCCUGAUUCUUCCAAGGCAAGCUAUAUUUUGCUAGAUCAUAUGGCAGGAAGUCCAACUUCAUCCACGAAAGCUCAUGGGCCACCGUUGGCAAGGUUUGACAGGAAAUACCACACAGUUCUACAGGAGCAACUUGGAAUGGAGUCAGGUCCGCACGAUGAUCACCAACUAUCUGGUGGCACGCCCAAGAGUUCUGACCAAUCUCCUGUUUGCAAAUCUGAGGUUGAUGAAGCUGAGGAAAUUCAAAAUGCCAUGAGCUUUGGCUCAAAUAAUCAUGAGCCGUGGAAUGAGGUCGAUGAUCAAGACCAAGCACUCCGUUCUGCGUUGCUUGCUGUUUCUGCAGGAGAUAUUGUUGAAAGCAAUCAACUGUCACAAAAUCCACGAUCACCGAUUCAGGACCAGUUGAUUACGUCCCAGCAGUCACAAACACCUCACUGGAAUUCCCCUCUUACAUUCCGACCCACGUUGCAGACUCAUCAUAGUUUCCAUGGGUUGGAAUAUCAUUCUGGAAGCCAUGAAAGUUUUAUCAUGCAAGACCAACAUCUAGAGCCUUCGCCUCCAGAGCUAACAGGUCUUACCUCAGGCGAGACAUAUCUUGAGGCAGACACUUACACUACUCAUACACGUGUAUCAACUUUUGCGCGCCAUCAGAGCAAACCAUACGUUGGCCCGUACCAAAACCCUGAUGACAGUACACCCCAUACCGAAUCGCAACAUAGAUCACAGAGCCAGGAGAGCAGUUUUCAGGACGAUUCACUCACACAUCUCCAACUCCCAGGACUUUUCUCCGAUCAUGCGUCGGAUUCCCAGUCCCGAGACGCAUAUCUCGUUCCGCACGACCUGACUCCAGUAUUUGGAGAGGCUGUGUGUGCUGAUGAAGGGUAUGCCGAGGUCAAGAUGCAGGAUGUCGAAAUCUAA